AUGGCAUCCAUCUCAACAGCUCUGGAAAAUCACAGUUUACCUCCCACAUCCGUAACUCCAUUCACAGCUCCACAUGACUAUUGUUUACAUCUGGUUCUUCUUUGCACUCCGCCGCACCACCACCUCCCAACCACAGUGCCCCUCAAUGGCUGCCGACAGAACUCCCCCCCUCAUCUCCUUUCCACCAUGAAACUCAUUAUUCCCCACUUGCUGGUUCAAUCCCCACCAUCAUCUGCCACAGACGCCUCCAUCCGCCCACUUCAUCACUGUCCUCUACCGCACACCCAAACCCAACCCCCCUUUCCUCCAGGACUUCUCAGACUUUCUUCCUCAACUUAGCACCAUCUCACCAUCCAUCCUCCUCCUCUGCGACCUCAACCUCCAUCUUCCAACCACCCCACCUCCAGACCUGCUCAAGACUUUUUGGACAUCCUCAACCACUGCAAUUUCACCCAACACAUUAACUUCCCCACCCACAAGCAUGGCCAUAUCCUUGAUCCUGUCUGCUUCACCAACAUAACCAUCUCCAACAUCUCCAGCAACAACCUCCACAUCUCAGACCACCACGCAAUCAGCCUGGACAUUCACAUCCCUCAACCAAGCCCAACUACCUCAAGGACUAUUACAUUUCGCAAACUCACCCCCCUCUCCCCAGCACAGUUUGCACUUCAGAUGGUAAACUCCAUCCCCACCUCCCCUCCCCCUCCUUCUGGCAAUACCGGCGACCUCAUCAAGCUGUACAACUCCACCCUCUUGUCCUGCCUCGACAAUAUCGCACCCAUCCACCAAAGAACUGUCUCCUUCCGUCGCCCUGCCCCCUGGUAA